CUGCCACUGCUUCUGCCAUUGAUACCUUGACACCGACAGAGAAGCGCGAUUCCCUGCCCCUGCCCCUGGCCUUGUCCUUGUCCUUGCCAUUUCCUCGAGUUCUGCUUCUUCCUCUCCCGGACACCCACGACGGAAUGGAACCAGCGGGAACCACAGCGAGAGCGAUGGCUCUCGCCACGCCCGCGGGCCCAUCCAGGGCCUCCCCGGCAAAGCAGCCCCCGGUUCCGUUCUGGGACGCGGUCCGCAACCGAAUCCACACCACGUCCUUUCGCCACGACGAUCGCCGAGGCGAUCCUUCUGCGUUUCGAAGGUGGACCUUUCGGGGCCGGAGGUCCCACAUCCUGGAUACCAAGGGGCACUAUGCCUGGAGCCGGGAACUGGGGUGUUUCCAGGGCCAAUCGCUUCCGGAGGCCGUCUUUCCGGAGAACACGCUGGAGAUUCUUGCGGAGGGCUUUCCGGCCGGUGCAGGCAGCAGCAAUACUAGCAGCAACACUAGCAGCAACACUAGCAGCAACACUAGCAGCAACACUAGCAGCAACACUAGCAGCAACACCGGGUACCGCAUCCGGUUCGGAGCCCUCGAGGCACUCCGCGGGUGGAUGUCGCUGGACGAAGCACCGAUUCCCACCGCGGCUGCCCUGGAGAGUGCCCACUGGAAUCGGCUCACGGGCCACCUUCCACGAACACGGAACCAGAUGCAGAUGCAGAUGCAGAUGCAGAUGCAGAUGCAGAUGCAGAUGCAGAUGCAGAUGCAGAUGCAGAUGCAGAUGCAGAAAGAAAACCAAAUUCAAAUACAAAAGCAAAUACAACACCAACACCAACACCAACACCAACCGCAACCGCAAAACCAAGCAGAUUCACCACCAACACCACCAUCACCUACAACAAACAGCGCACCGAUCACCUUCUCUCCGUGCUACGACUACACCUACACAACCCCCUACAAGGGGGGAACGGACCGGAUCGCGGUCCCCUUGCGCGGGGAACACUCCGGCUGCGACUCAAGCUACGACUACGACUACGACUACGACUACGACUACCUGCGGCCCGACUCGACCUCCUUUGUGGCCAGGCACGUUUCCAAGGGCACGGCGGGGGGCGAUGCAACCGCCGGUGCCGGGGGGACCCCUUCGGCACGGCUGCGGUCUCGACCCGCGGGCCCCCUCGUUCCAAAGCUGCGCAAACCGAUCUGCAAGUGCAAGUCCGACGGGGGGCGGGCGCCCUUUGUGUCCCAACCUACAGCAACAGCAACAGCAACAGCAGCAGCAACAACAGCAGCAGCAACAACAGCAGCAGCAACAACAGCAACAGCAACAGCAACAGCAACAGCAACAGCAGCAACCCCAUCCCAACGGGAGACCGCAGCGCCGCCCGUGCCUCGCUUUCCCGGGACAAUCGCCGUCGCCAGCGAGAACCAACACCGGAUCGCAACCGGGCACGCCGCUCCGGAUCCGRUCGCCGCGAGAGCCAACCCGGGGCUCUGCUCCCCCGAAUGGAAACCGCUGGGGCCGUCCGAUGCUCGGGGGAAGGGCGGCUCGGAAAGAGUCGUCGACAUCGAGGGCAUGYUGGGACGGUCCGGCCACACCCUUUCCUUCCGGGAGGACGUCGACCUGUGGGAAGACGACCUCCACGAGAGCGGCCUGGCCUGGCUCAAGGCCAGGCUUUUUGUCUGCGACGAGGGCUGGGCCUGUCUGCUGCGAAACUUUGUCCGGGUCGAUGGYGUGGCCCUGAGGGUCAUCGACACGCGCUACGUCCAYACCUUUGGAACCUCCUUCGUCUACCGGGAGCACUCGCGGAGGGAGGGAUCCUGGGACGACCUCCUGCGAAGGAUGCAGACGGAGAACAGGGGRAAGGACCACGACAAAGACGCACCCCCGGAACCACGGGGCCGGGCGUCUUUGRAAMCCUCGGUCGUGAGCCUGGAAUCCGUCAACGACUCGAUCGCCGCGAGGCUUCUGCCGCUAAAAGCCCCACCGGUGACCGAGUGCUUGUCCCUGGAGUCCCUGGAGGGGAAGGGCCCAACCGCCGUUGCAACGACAACACCACCACCAACAGCAGCAACAGCAACAGCAACAGCAACAGCAACAGCAACAGCGACCACCACACCUCGGCAAAGGCUCGUGCUGAUCCGUGAUCCGACCAUCGAACAAGCCGUUCCGAUCUGCGCAACGUCGGAUGGGGGYGACGCCGACAACAGCUUKUUCGGUCCGGUUUCCUUCCUCCUCCUGCGGUCCAAUGGAAGCAUCCUGGAAGCAAUAUCGUCCGGCGGCGAUGCAUCGCACGGAUCUCCCCAAGGAAGGACCGUGGUUUCGGUGUGGUCCAGGACCUACGGCACCACGGAAGGCAAAAGCGGAGAGACCGCAACGAAAAAACCACCGAGGAUUCUUUCGUUCAAGAUCUCGCCCGGCUUUUCCGAUGGCGGAAGGAUCGCCAUCGGCGACGAUUCCGGGUGGGUGCAGGUGUGGAGGCUCUCGACCGGAGCCCUUCUCUGGACCACUCCGGUUGCUCCCGCUGCCUUGCGCAACAGACGCACAAGGAAUCCAUUGUUUCAGAGCGAAAAGCUCUGGGUCAAGCACCUUUCCUGGAGCGGGGACGGCUCGUGCCUCGGUGCCGCAGCGGGCCGAACCGCGGUGUGGGUGGAUGCCUCGAACCACCACGGAGGCGACGUCCUUUCUUCGCUGGAAUCAACAGCGGGAUCCAUAACGGGGCUCUCCGCAAGGGCAGCACCGGCCGGAGCCUUUUGGCUGGCCGUGGCCUCCUACGGAGUGGUGGCGUGGCUUUCGUCGUCGUCGYCGCCGCCGUUGCCGUCGGAAGCCACUGUUCCUCCUCCUCUCGAGCGCCCCGGAGCGGCGGUCGAGUGCCUCUCGGUAUCACCCUGCGGAGAGAAAGUGGCGAUGGGAUUCUUGGACAAGACUCUGCGAGUCGUUUCACUCGGAAAGGGAGGGGGAAGACUUCCUUCCGUUGGUGCAGAAGGUUUGCUCGAUCCACCACCGACGGGAGAGGGCAGCCUUGUGGAUUGGGUGGGCUUCAAUGCGGCCGUCAAGUCGGUGCGGUUCAGUCCAAACGGGAAAUGGCUGGCGGCCCUGGGUGGGAGCACCAUCUUGGUGAUCGGGGACUCCCUCGACGCGAGAACUCAGGCGCCGAUCGCGUGCAGGACCCCUGGAAAGACCUCCGGUGACGGCGGAGACGGAACCUGUCACAAGUUCGCGGACAUGAAAUGGUCUGCCGAACAAAACGCCGAGGAGAGCAACGGCAUUUUGCUGGCGGCACUGGAUGCCACAAACGGGGCGAUCCAUAUCUUCUCCUUUGGGAGCAACAGCAACGGCAAUAGUUCCACUUCCAAAAACCAGCACGAUGCGUGGCCCCACCGAGCAUUUCCGAUUCGAACCGUGUUUCCGCGUUCUUUUGACUCGCCRUUGCUGCCAAUGUCACUUUCUACAACGGUGUUUGCUUUUUUCUCCACUGGAGGCCUUCGAAAAGAUGCCAGCGAUCAGCACACAGACACCAGCAACACGAGCAUCGAUYGCUUUCAGCUCGAGGUCGCUUCUUCUUCUCCUCAUUCUCCCGCACUCUACCGAUUACUUGAAAGCGAACCUUUAAACGGCAAAAGAGCUGUUGGGGGGGAGGUUGCGAACAAAGAGACAUCUUUGCUCCCUGUCUGUCGGUGAGCUACGUACCCUCUGCAAUCGAUCAGGGUUGUUUGGGUCCCUCGGAACCAUAACCUGACGGAAAAUAAAUAUMAUUAGCACUC